CUUCCGCCAUUGAACCUCACAAAGAAGAAGAGUCGCUGUUUGCGAGUUUAAAGGCGUCCAGAGAUGACUGGCGGGAACGCUUUUCACAAGAGUUUCUGUUCCACUAAGGACUCCGAGCUCAACAUGGACGUGGACUUGGACUCGAGUCGGACCGAGAGCGAGCGGGGAGACCUGGACAGCAGUGUCCCCAUAGCCUGCUCCUCUAACGGAAGCGGCGGGGAGGAGGACGAAGCGGAGGGCCUGGGCAGGCCCAGAGAAGCCGGGGGCUCAAGUAAUCAGCUCACCCCGGAUGGAGGGAGCGACAUCGGGAUCGGCAGGGAGCAAGAAGUGUCGGUGGAAAUAGGAGAAACUUAUUUGUGUCAAAGAACGGAUAAAACAUGGCACAUGGCGGAGGUGAUUCAGUCUCGCCUGAACGAGCAGGAGGGCAGAGAGGAGUUCUACGUUCACUAUGUGGGAUUUAACCGCCGCCUGGACGAAUGGGUGGGCAAGUCCCGCCUGGCGCUUACCAAGACGGUGAAGGAUGCGGUGAGGAAGAGCUCUGAGAUGGGAGGAGUGGGAGACCUGGGCGACCAGCCUGAGAGGAAGAUCACGCGCAACCAGAAGAGGAAGCAUGAUGAGAUCAACCACGUGCAGAAGACAUACGCGGAGAUGGACCCGACGACGGCGGCGCUGGAGAAGGAGCAUGAGGCGAUCACCAAAGUGAAAUACGUGGAUAAAAUCCAGAUCGGGAACUUUGAGAUCGACGCCUGGUACUUCUCGCCGUUCCCAGAGGACUACGGCAAGCAGCCCAAGCUGUGGAUCUGCGAGUACUGCCUGAAAUACAUGAAGUAUGAGAAGACGUUCAGAUACCACCUGUCUCACUGCCAGUGGAGGCAGCCUCCAGGGAAGGAGAUCUACAGGAGGAGCAACAUCUCCGUCUAUGAGGUGGACGGCCGGGAUCAUAAGAUCUACUGUCAGAACCUCUGUCUGCUGGCCAAGCUCUUCCUGGACCAUAAAACUCUCUACUUCGACGUGGAGCCCUUCAUCUUCUACAUCCUGACUGAGGUCAACAAGCAGGGGGCGCACAUCGUCGGCUACUUCUCCAAGGAAAAAGAGUCUCCAGAUGGGAACAAUGUGGCGUGUAUUCUCACGCUGCCGCCGUACCAACGCCGCGGAUACGGAAAGUUCCUCAUCGCCUUCAGUUACGAGCUGUCCAAGCUGGAGAACACGGUGGGCUCUCCAGAGAAGCCUCUGUCCGAUCUGGGGAAGCUGAGCUACAGGAGCUACUGGUCCUGGGUUCUGCUGGAGAUCCUGAGGGACUUCAGGGGAACGCUGUCCAUCAAAGACCUCAGUCAGAUGACCAGCAUCACCCAGAGUGACAUCAUCAGCACGCUGCAGUCCCUCAACAUGGUGAAAUACUGGAAGGGUCAGCACGUCAUCUGCGUCACUCCCAAACUGGUGGAGGAACACCUGAAGAGUGCCCAGUACAAGAAACCACCAAUCACAGUGGACACCGUGUGUCUGAAGUGGGCGCCCCCUAAGAACAAACAAGCCAAGGUGUCCAAGAAGUGAGCCGAGGAUCCAGCUUCUCCGUUCUGCCUGUAAAUAACCCUGAUUUUCUUAGAAUAAAUCUGUACAUAGAG